GCUUUCAGUUUAGCUUCAGCGCUCGUGACGCGAGGUACUGUGUAACCAAUUAUUUUUUGUUAUUGAUUUACUUGUGCAAGAUUAGAUCGCGUGUUGUGUGCUAUCGUGACAAGUGAUCAAAGGCGUCGCAGACCAUUGGGGUGCCAUUAAGUGGCUAAAAAAUCAGCUGCAAUUGGCCUCUUGUGAUUAUUGCGUAGUGAUUUAGAAAUUAUUCAAGACCUUGACGCAGCGAAAGGUAAACAAACUCGGUAAAUAAAAGGCGGAAAGGAAAUAUUAAGUGAUAGUAUCAUAAGUGAUCGGAUACUUCAGUCGAAGAUACUCAUGUGGACUCGUUAAUUUUAACAGCAUGAUAGAGAUGCCAUGAAAAAGUGAUGCCACUGAAUUACAAACGGUAAAGGGGAUUUUUUCUAUGAAAAUGGCUAAAGGCUCUGAGAGACUACCCGGUACCUCCACGAGGAUCAGAACACGAGACGAUGGCUGCUGCUCCGUUAAUUUUUUAAAAUAUGUUCUUCAUAUUUACAACGUGGUGUUGUUUCUUUCUGGAUUGGUAGUCGGCGGAAUAGGAGUAUGGACAGUGAUCGCAAAGCACAGUUAUAUCUCACUGAUGGCUACGUCAACGUAUCCAAUACUUGCGUAUGCUCUCAUUGUUGCUGGUGCACUCGCUGUGAUUGGUAGCUGGCUCGGGUGUGGAGGUGUAUCCUCAGAAAAUCGUUGUGUACUACUUGUGUACAUAUUUGUGGUAAUGGCGGUCUUAGGACUUGAAGCUGGUGUUGGGGUGCUUGCUAGACUACACGAGGAACAAGUUGGUCCUGAGAUGAAAGAGACGCUGAAUCGUACUUUCCUCGAAUACUAUUCCGUGAGUUCACGGGAAACCGCAGCUAUCGACCAGAUGCAAAUUGAAUUCAAAUGCUGUGGGGCACGUAGAUUCGAGGACUGGUUGGCGAGUGAGUGGUACAAGGAUGAACAAGUACAACGUGAUGGAAGCCUUGUACCUGACAGUUGCUGUAAAACCCCAAUGUUACUGUGUGGCAGACGGGAUCAUCCGUCUAAUAUUCAGUACACGGGUUGUAUAUAUAAAUUUUUGGAGACGACUAAGGAGCAUUUAAUAAUUCUGGGUGCUGUCGGUCUUGGUCUCUCUGUGCUCGAAGUCUUCGGCAUUAUCUUGGGCUCCUGCCUGUACAUCAAAUUAAGACACGACUUCGAUGACUGAGAGUCACUUCAUCACGAGGACAAUAAUAAUGAACAGACUUGGUGUAGAUAUGGGGAGCAUCGAAUAGUCUGAUAGGAGGCAGGGACGUGAUAAGAUGACAUAUCAUCUGUUCACGCUUGAUAUCAGUCGAUAGGAAUAUGAACAUUUGAUUAGUUACUGCAUUGUUCUCGUCGGGAUUGAAAGUGUAAUAAAAGUAUAUUGGAGGAGAGUUUAAAAAGGGACAAGACAAUUUAUCAUUGAUAACAGAAUCUCAAAAGUGGAAAAUUAUGACUGUUACAAAUAGGACGAUACUGCCACCUACAAUAAUUGUAUCAAUACUGUAAACAUUUUUUUUCGUAUAAGAUGAAAAAUUAUUCUAGUAUUUGUAAUACGAAAAGUAUUGUAUUUAGAUUACUGUGUGAAUUGUCUCGUUAAUCGAGUUGACCAACGAAUUACAGACGAGUAAGAUAUUCUAUUCUCUUCAGGUGUUGUACACUAUGAGAUUUAAUUAGCUCUGAAUUAAAAAAAAAGUAAAUGUGCAAUUCUUGUGAAGCAUAUGUUUCACAUAUGAAAAAAUUUUAUGGAAAAUUGUGUGCUUAUAAAUUUGAAAAUUAAAAUAUACGACAUUCGUCGGUCAAAAAAUUUGGCAUCUCUAUCAGGUUCGGAAAUAUUUCUAUAAAACUAGCAUUAAAAACCGUUAAAAUUUUUUCCUAUGUGUCCAUGUACAUGAAACUAUCUUUCGAUACUGCCACAUGAUGGACAAAAUCCAUUUAAGAGUCUACCAUACAAUUGAAUUGAAUUACACUAAAAUGCUCAAACACAUUUUCUAUCGACAUGAAAUCACAAUUGUACCUAUUGUAUUCAUUGUUAUGCGAAAGACUAUUCAAUAAGAUGUGGAGAUUAUUAGGAAUUUCCAGGCAAGACAAAAUAACGCAAGAAGGGAAGGAUUUUCCUCAGGAAAAUUUUAAGCUGCAAAGGAAAGAAAAUUGUACAGAUGUACAAGAGUGCCUUUUAAACAAUAAGAGAGUGAUUUUGUGCCGUAAAACACUGCAAAUGCCGAGUGAGUGGGUUUUUGCCUCCAAUCAGUAUUUAUUCAAAUGAAUUCCUUAUGAGAAUUAAGUUCAGUUUUUAUAUUAAUCGAUGCAACUGUUAUACUAGCGAUUAACAGCGUAUAUAGAUUAUACGUUACGGAAUAAUCAUAAGUAGAUAAAGGUAUAUUGGAGUAUUGGAGGCACCGAACAGGUACUCUUCUUUUGUAUUACCAUAAUUGAAGCAGAAUUAUUUUCUUUGUAUUGUCUUUAUGAUAAUAAGUGCAAAUGACAUUGCAACUUUAUUAUAAAUAUUGUACAUACAUAUCAAAAGAUAUAUUGUUAUUAUCAUGGGUCUAUAAAAUAUUGAAGAUAUA